AUGUUUGCUGCACGGUGCGGCCGAGUACUGCUGAAAAAGCAAAAAGCCGCGGCGCGGCCUGAUGAUCCUGUGUGCUUCAAUGUCUCCUUUCACCUGUCGUCGACACAACAGCCCCGCAAGCCCCACACGAUCAGCUUGCAACAUGCACCACCAACCAUACCAACAACGCCAACUCACCAGCACGUCGUCAAGACUGCAUGCACUGCUGUCGGACGUCGCCGUGGGCGCGACAUCAACAGGAUGCAGGCCGGCGAGGCGUUUUUAUACUUUGUCGUCGAGGCGAUGCUGACGCUGCUCGAGAGUCCAGCUGAUGCCGUGGCCAGCGUGAUACCAUGGCUUCUCCAGUAUGGCGAUGAGCCAGCGCGAAUUACGCCUCAAAUCAUGCGCACCUUCUUCAAAGCUGCCUCUCCCGAGCUGCAGCAAGCUAUCCGCGAGCGUGCUUCGACAUACAUCACCUCGGCUGAGGGAUUGGCUGACAUGCUGGCCCAAGCUCCCAAACUGCUGGCCGUAGCCGAUGACAUGGAGGAGACGGGCGUCUUCGCCAUCAACUCGCCCCUGGGCCGAUUGGUUCGGACUGUCCUGCUGUCGCUCAGUGAGGCCGAGCUUACAACCGGCAGCUUGGAUAGUGUGUCGGCCGUGGAUGCCGUGUCCAUGCUCUUUACCAAUGAAGAUGUUGACCUUGCGACCCAUCAAAUACGCAGUGCCCCGGCUUUACUCAGUCUGUUAGUCUUUCGCUGCUCGCUGUCUCCGACCCCCCAGACGCCCGCCUGUCGGUCAUUUGCCUGCCUUUCGCACGCGCGUUUCUCAUCCUCAUCACAUGUGCGGCACACACCCAGUGCCGAGCACAGCACCGCAGUGCGUGACUAUUCAGCCUCUCGUGAUGUGUGGGUGUGGCUGUACGACAUUGCCCCGCGGGAGGUUAUGCACCCAUCAACCAUCACAAGUGACUUAUCUGGGGCUCAAUAUGCUGCCCUGGCGCGAGCCCAAAACGAAAUUUCCUUCGGGCAUCGUCAAGCUGCGCUUGACUUUGUCUUUGAAAGUGUAACACUUGCGCAAGCACUCGGCGAUGAGCGCUGUCUCCGCUAUGCCCUGGCUUGGAUCGCAACGCUCGAACCCGACCACGCCAAGGCCAUAUCCCUGCUCAAGCUUUUUAUGGAAAAGGAGGAUGCCGACCCCUUGUUGCGGGCCAAAAUGUCAGCACAGCUAGCAUUCCGCCUCACGACUCAAGACACACCCUUGGUUGAGUAUGUGCUGCUAGCACCUGUUCCAGUGUUUCAGAACCAAUGA